UGAGAAGUUUUUCGCAAAGGUGACAUAAUAGUGACACAAAAUUAUAAUAUUACACAAUUGGUGAGGAGGGGGACAUCUAGUCGCUCAGCGAACCGAAGAGUUGUGGGCUUCUCACCUGUCGACAAACGCCGCGAAACAAACUGUCGUCGUCUCGGGAAACUGGCACACGAACCAGGUCGCAUUUCAGGAGGUGCACUUCCAUCGGGUCGCGGCUUCGGUUCCCGGUAACGAUGGGCACUGGUCCAUUAGUGGUCAUCUCCAACAGAGGUUACUGGCCGGACGUAGUCCAAACUUCAAAUUUUGCCCUCACACGAUACCGCGAUUACCAUCAAAGCGACCUGAUAACAUGGGAGACAAGAUGGCCGCCGCGCAAGGUGUCCGCGAAGAGCAGAAAUUUGCAUAUCGAUCGACGUUUUUGACCACUUCUCCCACAAGUAUCGGAAUCUGCUUGAAGUUGAAGUCUGCUGACUUUUGCCGAACCUCGGACUUUGACACAAGAUUGGGAAUGCUGGAGGCACUGUCUGACGCGUCUACUUCAACGGCCCGAAAGGAGAUGCGUUCAGUCGAAAUACCUCAGGUGGAGGAAUGCAAUCGGGUUUACGGCGGGCAGCUGUUGGCUCAUUCGAUCUUCGUGGCAACAGAAACGGUGCCGGACACUCAACAUAUUAAUGGUCUACAGUCGUACUUUGUCAGUGAAGGAGACAUUCACAAACGGACGUUUUAUCAUGUUGAGAAGUCGUUUUGUGGCAACAGCUUCAGCUGCCGUACGGUCAACGCGUUGCAAGACGACAAGUGCAUUUUCAGCGCGGAAAUCUCGUUUCAUAAAACCGAGCCGGAUGGUAUCAAAUAUGAAAGUUCCAUGACAAAGGUAGUAAGGCCGGAAAUGUGUGGUCUCAUUGAUGAAACAAUGCUUUCUUCACGGUGUCCCGUUAACCGAUCGUGGAUUAAUUACUAUCUGCAGCCGUUGCGUGUUCUGUUCGACUUUCGCGUCGUAGGUGAUCAGCGUCAGUCUGUGUAUGCUUCGGACAGACGCUGUUUUCUGUGGUUGAAAAGCGCGGCAGGUGUCGACGAACGGUUUUCUCACGGUAGCACCCUAAUGGUAAUGCUGACGUACGCAGGCCUGCAUGCGGCGGCCAUCGAGCUCUGUUCAAAGCAGAACCUGCAAGUGGAAAAGAGCACAACGCUCGACUACUGCUCAUGGUUACAUUGUCGAGACAUUAAGUUCGACGACUGGAUACUCCUUGAGUGCGACAGUGACGGCCAAAGCAACAGCCUGUUGGUCCAGGGCAAAGUUUGGUCUCGUAGUGGUUCACUAAUUACCUCCUGCGCUCAACAAGUUGUUCUUCAGACGCAGGUACUGUUUAAGGAGCAGAUGUCGUACGCUGACUGCUUGAUCCCAUAG